AUGAACUUCUAUAAGAACUCAUGCCCUCAGGCUGAGGACAUCAUCAGGGACCAAGUCAGCUUCUCUACAAGAGGCACAAGAAUACUGCCUUCUCCUGGCUCAGGAACAUCUUCCAUGAUUGUGGAGUCCAGGAGCAAGAGGUCCCUCUCAGAGAAGGAGAGUGAUAGGAGCUUUGGGAUGAGGAAUUACAGGUAUUUGGACACAAUCAAGGAGGCUGUUGAGAGAGAGUGCCCUCAGGUGGUCUCUUAUGCUGACAUUUUGGUUCUCUCUGCUAGAGAUGGCAUUGUUGAGGUGGAAGGGACAAAUUCACAAUCUUGGUGGACCGUACAUUCCUCUAAAAACAGGGAGAAGGGAUGGAGGAGGAGCAGAGUUGAUAUCUUGGAGCAGGACCUCCCUGAUCACAAUGAGAGUAUAUCUGUGGUGUUGGAUAAGUUUGCUGCCAUUGGCAUUGACACCCCGGCAGUUGUAGCUCUCCUUGGAGCACACUGUGUAGGCAGAACUCGCUGUGUCAAGUUGGUGCACCGUCUCUACCCAGAUCUAGACCCAAACCUGAACCCGUACCACAUCCCAGGCAUGCUCAAGAAGCGUCCGGACCCAAUUCCGGACUCAAAGGUCGUGCAAUUCGUCCGAAAUGACCGUGAGACCCCCAUGAAGCUUGACAACAACUAUUAUCGCAACAUUCUUGGUAACAAGGGCCUUCUCCUCGUAGAUCACUAG